ACUGUCAAACAAAUUUACCAUAACCUAUAGCCCAACACUAAAAUGGUGAUAUACGGUGUUUAUAUCGUCUCGAAAUCCGGUGGAUUAAUAUUCAAUCACGAUCACAAUGUCCCAAAGAUCGAGCACGAGAGGGUUUUUAAUUACCCUCUGGACAUUAAAUUAAUUUACGAAAAUAAAAAAGUCGUUGUUGCCUUUGGACAACGAGAUGGAAUCAAUGUUGGCCACGUCCUGAUGUCGGUAAACGGUGCCCCCCUAGCGGGAACCCUCCUAGAAGACGGUCGUGACGUUCUCGAGGUCCUGGAGGACCCCCAGAACUUCCCAAUCACCCUGAAAUUCAGUCGAGCGAAGAUGACGACAAACGAGAAGAUCUUCCUCGCCUCGAUGUUCUACCCCCUCUUCGCAAUAGCCAGCCAGCUGAGCCCGGAGCCCAGAUCCUCUGGGAUCGAGGUCCUCGAGGCCGACACAUUCCGUCUCUACUGCUACCAGACCCUCACUGGUGUCAAAUUCAUGGUCGUCGCAGAGCCCUCCCAACCUGGCAUGGAGAUCCUGACUAAAAGAGUCUACGAGCUCUACGCGGAUUACGCCCUCAAGAACCCUUUCUACUCCCUGGAGAUGCCCAUCAGAUGCGAACUAUUCGAGACAAAUCUGGUGACGCUUUUGGAGACUGUGGAGAAGUCCGGGAUAAGCAGUGUUUAAUAUCGAUAGGUUUAUAAAGCUCGUUAUAAUAUAUUAUACAUCUGAAUUUAUUUUGUAACACAAUGAUGUAAAUAAUGUCUCUUUAAUUGUAAAAAAAUAUAUUCCAAGAUUUUAUCUA